AGCUAUUAGAUUGGCUAUAGAUGAAUUGUAGCUAGUAGUUGGCUAUACUAUUAAACUUGCUCUUAGAGUACCUUGUUGUAUGUAAGGUGGCGCGGCCUCCGAUGCUGAAUUAUUGCAAACCAGAAGUUCACCAGCAAAGCGACAUGGAGCGCUGACCCACCAAGCCCAGCAAACAGCAGCAUGCAAAUGGCUGAUGCACAGGAAUGCACGCUGAUGGCAGAGAAGUUAGAAAUCCGAUGGAGCUCUGGUUCUUAAUCUACUUCCUCUAUCCCAUAUAAAGAAGCAACUCCUAACAUUCUAAUAUAAAAUUAAAGGAGAGAAUAAAAGACCAAAAUAUCCCAUCGUCCUAUUCUAAGAUGCUGAAGCCGAUAGUGAUUUUAAGCCGAUGAUGACUAUAGGGCUUACCGAAUUUUGAUGUUAACAGGUGUGCAGAUGGCUGAUCCGCGCACCCACUUAUAAAUCAAGAUAAACAAGUUUGCAGCUUUAGCUUAUAAGUUAAUUUUAUGGAUUAGCUCCUUACACCCUUAAAUACAGUAGAGCCGAUGUGAGUCUGGAUCCUGCAAGUGGAAGGGAAGGCGGGGCGAGUCGCCGGGCGUUGUGUUUGGCUGGCCGUACGUCCCCUUCGACUGAGCUUGGCAGGCUGCCUGGCUGUCCUGCCCGGUUGGGGUGGUUGUCUUUGCAUGACUGGCCGGCUGGGUCCCCGGCCUUCUUAGCUGGUUGAGCACUUGAGCUACGGCUAGGGUUGGGCCCACUAAAAACAAUCACUAACUGCCUGCCAACUUGGAGCCAUGCUGUGAUCCAACUUGUUGUACAGAACCUCAUGCAUUAUUGCAGGUGGUGGCCUCCUGCAUUAUUGCAGACGGAACACAUCAUCACGACAUCUCACUCAAUUUCUAGUGAUAUUUUUUCAGUCAUUUAUUUCCAGACCACCAAGAACAAACUAAAGCACACAUCGAUCAGUAGCCAUGGAUAUCGUGGUGAGCGUCUCACAUGGGGCACUGGGACCACUGCUGGGCAAGCUCAAUACCUUGCUCGUAGACGAGUGCGCACGCCUGAAAGGUGUCCACCGUGAGAUACGCUCUCUUAGAUCGGAGUUGAGCAACAUGCAUGCGGCGCUCCACAAGUACACAUCACUCGAGGAUCCUGACAUCCAGGUGAAGACCUGGACAAGCGAGUUGAGGGAGCUUGCCUAUGACAUCGAGGACUGCAUAGACAAGUUCAUGCACCAACUUGGUGCCAACGACGACCAGCACCACACUAGUAAUGGCGUCAAGGACUUCUUCGGGAAGAGUGCAAAACGUCUCAAAACUCUUGGCUCAAGGCAUAAUAUUGCUGCCGAGAUUGAAGAACUGAAGAUGCGAGUUAUCUCGGUGAGAGAUCAAAAGAACAACUACAAGCUUGAUGAUAUUUUUUGUAGUAGCUCUAGCAACACUAAUGCUUUUGUUGAUCCACGGUUGGCUGCUCUCUUCGCGGAAGAGAACCAUCUUGUCGGUAUAGAUAGUCCAAGGGAUGAACUUGUCAAUUGGUUGGAUGCAGACAGCAGGUUGAUAAAGCAUCGCAAGGUUUAAAGCAGGUCAAUUGUGGGGUUUGGAGGUCUUGGAAAGACAACUCUAGCAAAUGAGGUAUAUCGUAGGGUUAAAAUCCAUUUUGAUUGCCCUGCUUUUACGUCGGUAUCACAAAAGCCUGAUAUGAAGAAAAUCUUCAAGGAUAUUAUAUACCAUAUGCCUACAAAAGAUGCAUUCCUCAAAGAUAUUGACACAUGGAAUGAAAAGAAAUUUAUUGAAAAGCUAAGAGAACUACUUGUGGAUAAGAGGUAA